CUUUGUCUUUUAGCAUGUUACUACAUUGCAGAUGAAUCACUGCCAAUCAAAGGUUAGGCGGAAGCUCCUCAGUUGCGUAGUUAAAUGGAUUUUGAAGCACUUAAAGUCUGAAAAAACACUUCUGGAACUGUUUGUGCAAAAUAUAUCUGCUGCAAAUUAAUGUAGGUAUGGAGAUCUUGUUCCUAUUUUAACUUUGAACAGCACAGUGAUACCAAGCAGUGUCAGUAACACCUGUGAACUCAUUAAAAGCCAAGGAAAACCACUGGAAAGUAUUUACCUGGUUUUAAAUUGUCUGAUGAAGCUCCAGUUUCCUCAUAUCUUUGAGCAGCUGUUCUUGCCAAAAGGCCACUUGUCUUAAGAACUUUAUUUUCUCUGGACAGAUUUCUUUGCUGUAAUCAAUCAUGAUUUAAUUAACUCAUUAUAAGCUUUCUUUGGCUACAAAUGAAACUUACUUUGAUUAUAGUCUUGUUUUUGUUUUAUUUUUGGAAAGAUCUGUGGAUGUGAUCAUUUAUUUUAAAUUGUCUAAUUUUUAAAAAAAAAUAAUUUUAAUCAGAAGAGAGCUGGAGUAAAAUUUUCUAAUUUUUCUGUUACUCUCUUGUGAGUUGGGAAUAUUGUGAUGAAUGCUUAAUACUGUAAUGUCAACAUACAUUGUUUUCUUUUAGCACUACUGUAGUAUUGUUACAUAAUAACCACAGUGAUUUGCCGUCUGACUUGACAGUAUAAUAAAUCCACAAUUCACUGCGCCUUUAAAUACUUGACAUUUGAAGUUUGCUUUUUGUGUUUUGAUGUGGUAAGUAUGCUCUGGAAAAAAAAUUAAAUGGCAUGAGGUACUCAAUGAAGCACUCAAAAUGUUGUCAAUUUAUAACUGAGCAUCUCUGCGAAGUGAUGAGAAUGCCAUGAAGGUCUCUUGCAGCUACUCAGCUCUGCUGUUGUAGCAAAGAAGCAGGCCAUAUAAUAUAUAAAUGAAUGAGUAUGCCUAUGUUCCAAUAAAAUUGUAUUUAUGGACUCUGAAAUUUAAAUUUUAUAUAGUUUUCAAGUGUCAUGAAAUAUUCUUUUGAUUUCUUUUGUUUCAACCAUGAAAAAAUAUGUAAAGUUCAUUCUUAGCUUGUGGGUGCUUACAAACACAGGUGGCAGAGCGGAUUUUGCCCUUGGGUUGUAGUUCACUGACUCCAGCUCUAGAUUUUUGUCACAUGCUUUUGUAUUCCUUUGUUGUCCAUUCAUUUAAGAAAGGCUCAAAGAGUUAAUAGAUGUCCUCUGCUGAUGUGUUGGUAAGUCUGUGUCUCUAAAGGCCUUUUCUCUAAAUAGGAAGCCUGACUGGGUGGUGAGUGAGUAGGCUGUGUGGAUAGGAGGUUUUCCAGCAGUGUAACAAUUCUCAGUCCACUUUGUGCCAUGCACCCCCUUUAGCAGUCUGGUGAAGCCUAUGGACCCCUUUUCAAGUUUUUUAAGUGUAUAAAAUAAAAUGUUUGAUUACAAAGGAAACUGAUUUGAUUGAAAUACAGUUUAUCAAAAUAUUAAAAACAAAUGCUAUAGAGUAAUAUGUUCUUUAUUAAUACACUGAAUAUUAAGACCUAGCAGAGCAGUUAGUCUGAUUCUAAUUUUGCAGUGGUCAUGAACAUAAAAGAUAUUUUGAGAUCUGCAACAACUAUAAUGUGAUACAUGAAAAUAUCUGUGAUUUGUGUUAGUGACAGUCACAGGCACUGCUGAUACUGCUAUAUUUUGUUUCCUAUGUUCAAAACGGAAUAACAUAUUUGAACAUACUUCCUUUGUUCAAAUACCAAAUGUCAAUUUGGAGGUUGAUGAAAAUAAUAUGUGGUUUUCUUCUCAUUCAAGUUCACUGAAUUUUCUGAAUUCAAGUUCACUGAAUUUUCUGAAUUCAAUCCAUAGGCCCUUGAGGGGGGUCUCUGGACAGCAGGGUGAGAACCCCUGCUUUAUGUUUAGACACUCUGCAGUAUCACCAAAAAGUUCGCUGCAUAGAAAAUCAAGAAGUAAGGACUAUGAUGUAUAUAGUGAUAAUGAUAUCUGCAGUCAGGAAUCAGAAGAUAAUUUUGCCAAAGAGCUUCAACAGUACAUACAAGCCAGAGAAAUGGCAAAUGCUGCUCAACCUGAAGAAUCUACAAAGAAAGAAGGAGUAAAAGAUACCCCACAGGCUGCUAAACAAAAAAAUAAAAAUCUUAAAGCUGGUCACAAGAAUGGCAAACAGAAGAAAAUGAAGCGAAAAUGGCCUGGCCCUGGAAACAAAGGAUCAAAUGCUUUGCUGAGGAACAGUGGCUCACAGGAAGAGGAUGGUAAACCUAAAGAGAAGCAGCAGCAUUUGAGUCAGGCAUUCAUCAACCAACAUACAGUGGAACGCAAGGGAAAACAAAUUUGUAAAUAUUUUCUUGAAAGGAAAUGUAUUAAGGGAGACCAGUGUAAAUUUGAUCAUGAUGCAGAGAUAGAAAAGAAAAAGGAAAUGUGUAAGUUUUAUGUACAAGGAUAUUGUACCAGAGGUGAAAACUGUCUGUAUUUGCAUAAUGAAUAUCCUUGUAAGUUUUACCAUACAGGAACAAAAUGUUAUCAGGGAGAAUAUUGCAAGUUUUCUCAUGCUCCACUGACUCCUGAAACACAAGAAUUGUUGGCUAAAGUUUUGGAUACUGAAAAGAAGUCAUGUAAAUAAAAUAGACAUAAAAAGGUAGCAAUGUACAGAUAAAGAGUACUUUAACGCCCAUGCCUGUUCAAGACUGUUCAAGACUGGUGAUUUGGAGUAGUUUACAAGAUUCCUCAUUCAGAGUGCCCUCUUGUGUGACUGGGGUGAUGUGCAGCUUCCAUAAUGGAUGGGACAGAGAGCUGGGAUCUAAUGUACAAGUGAAGGGCUUGGUCUUCCCUGAGACAUUCCAGCCAUUGGAAUAGGAGAGGAGCAUAUAUGGCAGAGGUGAUGGCUGGUGGGUAAAUGUGAUAGUAAAUUGUAGAAACCUCUUCUGAUUGAUUGGAUUUCCUUCAUAAAAUAGGAAGCAAGGUUAGGCUGAGUGAGGGUGAGUAAAGAGGUGGAGGAGGUUUGAGGAGAGAGAACUGCUCGGAAGACACUGGUAGAUGGACCAUAAAAACAGAGUUAGUUCUCUUUAUGACAUUAAAUAGUUUUACAACAUAUUUUUAAUGGUUCACAAUUUCAUUUUAGGGCUUAAAAUAAAUUAUGGUUCUAUGAUUUUUUAAACCAGUUUCCUAUUGUUAGACAUUUGUUUCCAGUUUCUUACUAUUAUAAAUAAAGUGAAACAAUAUCUCUUACUAUACCAUUUCUAAAUUUA